CAUUAGCUAAUCAAGCAUUGUUUACACACUGGCUACCAACCCAUCAUAACUCUCUCUCAUUCUCAAAUACUACCUGUAAAACUCACUUUUCUUGUCUAUUCAAUCAAAUCCAUGGCAAUUCCAGUGAUUGAUUUCUCAAAACUCGAUGGUGAGGAAAGGGCCACCACAUUGGCCCAGAUUGCUAAUGGAUGUGAGGAAUGGGGCUUCUUCCAGCUGGUGAACCAUGGAAUAUCAGAAGACCUCCUCGAGAGGGUGAAGAAGGUGAGCGACGACUGCUUUAAGAACGAAAGAGAAGAGAACUUCAAGAAGUCGACACUGGUGCAGUCGCUGAAUGAGGACCAAAAGCUAGGGAAUGUGGACUGGGAAGAUGUCUUUACCCUUCUUGAUGACAAUGAAUGGCCCUCGAAAACCCCUGGAUUCAAGGAAACUAUGGCAGAGUACAGAGCCGAACUCAAGAAACUAGCCGAGAGGGUCAUGGAAGUGAUGGAUGAGAACUUGGGAUUACCAGAGGGAUACAUGAAGAAAACCUUCAAUGGCGGAGAAAGUGACAAUGCCUUUUUCGGUACCAAGGUGAGCCACUACCCGCCCUGUCCUCAACCCGACUUGGUGACAGGUCUCCGAGCUCACACAGAUGCCGGGGGUGUCAUCUUGCUCUUCCAAGAUGACCAGGUGGGAGGCCUACAAAUCCUCAAAGAUGGGGAAUGGAUAGAUGUGCAGCCACUGGCCAAUUCGAUUGUCAUCAACACUGGAGACCAGAUUGAAGUCUUGAGCAAUGGCCUCUACAAGAGUGUUUGGCACCGGGUUUUGGCCACCCGGACUGGGAACAGAAGAUCAAUUGCUUCAUUUUACAACCCAUCACUGAAGGCCACCAUUGCUCCUGCACCAGAACUGGUGGAGAAAGCAAACCAAGAAGUGGAUCAUGAGACUUAUCCCAAGUUUGUGUUUGGUGACUACCUGUCUGUUUAUGCUGAGCAGAAGUUCCUCCCCAAGGAACCAAGGUUCCAAGCUGUGAGAGCCAUCUGAUCCAUCACAAUAAUUAAGAUUGUUAUUAUAAAAAUAUUAAGGAACAAUUACUUUCAGUCUUUUUUUCUUUUUUUUUUUCUCUGUGUGUGGCUCAUUACAAUUAAGUACUCGCUCGUCUCUCUCUCAGUUACUAUAAACUUGUAUGGGAGGAGAAAGCUGAAGUGGGUGUAACUGUGUAAGUCUGUGUGCUUUGUAUUUUGCUUGCUCUUGCUUGUUAUGUUAUGCUAAGGAAUAAAGAUGCUU